UCCUCGUCGUCCUCCUCCUCCUCUUUUUUCUUCUGAGCUCUCGGUCUGAUGUUCUUCCUCCGGGCGUCACUUUGGAGAGGAUGCGUCUGCUCGUUUUCGCGGCUUUUUUCGGAGUCAUUCUCGACGCAGGAGGUGCCCUUCAGAUUCAGUGUUACCAGUGCGAGGAGAUGAAACAAAACGACUGCUCCACGCCGGAGUAUAUCGUCAACUGCACGGUCAACGUUCAGGACAUGUGUCAGAAGGAGGUGCUGGUUAAACCUGAUGGGAUCCACUAUCGGAAGUCCUGCGCCUCCUCCGGGGCCUGCCUCAUCGCCUCCUCAGGCUACCAGCAGUUCUGCACCGGCAAGCUGAACUCGGUCUGCAUCACCUGCUGCAACACCCCGCUCUGCAACGGCCCCAAAAGGAAACGCCCCGUGCCCUCGGCGGCCGCCUGGAGCCGGCCCCCUCCUCUGCUCCUCCUGUGGGCUCUGGCGCUCCUUCCCCCGGCGUAGACGUCUUAUCCCGUCUCAAGGCCCCGACCCAAACUAGAUCGAGGCUUUCCAAUCCCGUAACUCGGACUGAUUCCCCACCGGUUUCCUGUUAUCGUGCCAUAAAGGGUUUUUUUGUUCGCUGGACAGAUGGGAGGAUGUGAUAUAUUUAUCCACUUAUCUAAUUCACGCCGAAAGAAUAUCAGCAUAGUAUUGGUAGGCUAUUGCCCGUUAACUAAUCUUAGGAAACAAUGAUAGUUUAGCGCUCAUAUACCUAAUCGGAGGCAGUCGGCAGCAUCGGGAUUGGAAUAUUCGCCCACCAACAUCAAAAAAGUACGGAGCCCCCAAAGUAACAUCGCAGUUUUUUGUUUUUUUUUGCGUUCCUUCGUU